UCCAGGACAGGCAUUGUGGCUCUGUACUAUAGCACGAGCUGGCGUCUGCCAAAGCAGAGGGUAGGGCUCGAGAUUGGACUCGCAACUGGCUGUGUUAGAUUUAAGCUAAGCAGCUCUCCUUGCGUUUGUUCUGACAGCCGCAGAAGGCUGAAGGAGCCUAUUCAGCAAAGACGCAGCUAAAGGUCCAAGUUACAAAAUCAGCAAGAACAGCACUCGCUAACCAAUACCUAUGUGUUUUUUUCUUUUUUUCUUUUUUUUUGUAUUUGUUGCCGGAGCAAUGUCACUUUAACCUAUAAUCUUAUUGUUUAUGCAACAAACUGCAUUUAAACAAAACGAGACAGCUGUUAUUUUUUUCUGUUUUUUUUUUUCUGAGCGCGAAGAAGAGGAUGACUUAUGUGGGUUUCUGGAAAUGGGUGGCUUCCUCUUGCUUUUUAAAUUGGGUUCCUUUAUGAAUUUGAGAGCAUCCUGCUAAUUUCCCCCAAAAACCAAGGGUGCGCCCAGAUUGCACCCUUCUGGCAUUUUAGCAGGUCGAUGUUUAAUUUCUGACGGAGAGAUCUAUAAAAAGAAAAAAAAAGUUAGAGUUUUCCCUUUCCCGACCCCACGCCCGCCUCCCGCUGCUCAGUGUGUCUCUUUGCCAGCGCACGAAGUUGGUGACUACCAGAAUCGUGUUUAGUCAUUUGAAAGUGGACAUUACACGCAGAAGAACUACACAGACCACAGCGUGCUGCAGAAGUUAGAAAGGCUAUCUGAUUAGUAAUCUCAGUCCUGGGGUUGCUUUAUACCUUUUGGAAAACUAAAGAAAUUCACAACUGAGGAUUCAGCUAUUGCUUAACCUACCGAUUGAGGGAAUAACAUAUUUUGGAAACAGUGGAAUGGUUAUAUUUUCCACACAAGUUUUCCAGGGUGCUGGAUUAUUCAAAGGCAAUGUUGUAUACAUCUCUGAACAACAUCCUGGAGAAAUGAUUGGAGAUUCACAAUUGCACAAGCGCUGAAGCCGCACCAGGGUGCUAACAAGUCGUGGAAAAUUAUUAUAAACAGAAGGAGGAAGAAAUCGAAAAGGGGUUACUAUUAUUUCGCAGCUUGCCUGACUAACGUUGCCGUUGGAUUUAUCAUGAUUGUAAUGAAUAUUUUCGGACUCUUUCUCCUAUUAGAUGGCAUUGUACAUUCCCUGGCCAGUUCGCCUGUGCUUUCUAGCACCGGGACCCACGGAUGGAGAACUCCGGUGGACUGUGUCAAGGCAAACGAGCAGUGCGCUGUGGAUUCACUAUGUAGCUCCCGCUACCGGACCCUGCGCCAGUGCUUGGCUGGCCGAGACAGGAAUACCAUGCUUGCAAACAAAGAGUGCCAGGCUGCGUUGGAGGUGCUGCAGGAGAGCCCUCUGUACGACUGUCGCUGCAAACGAGGCAUGAAGAGGGAGCUGCAGUGCCUUCAGAUUUACUGGAGCAUUCACCUUGGCUUAACUGAAGGAGAACAGUUUUAUGAAACUUCACCUUAUGAACCUGUGAGUUUUCGCCUUACUGAUAUAUUCCGACUUGCUUCAAUCUCCUCAGGAAUGGACCCUACUGCCGCAAAAGGAAACCACUGUACAGAUACUGGGAAACCUUGCAACGCAUGUCUGGAUGCUGCAAAAGCCUGCAAUUUAAACAACGACUGCAAAAAGCUGCGAAGCACCUACAUCUCCACCUGCAUGAAGCCCAUCUCUCCAGCAGAACCCUGCAGCCGUCGAAAAUGCCACAAGGCCCUAAGGCAGUUUUUUGAUCGCGUGUCGACCGAGUACAGCUAUCGGCUGCUUUUCUGCUCGUGCCAAGAACACGCGUGUGCCGAGAGACGAAGGCAGACGAUCGUCCCCUCCUGUUCCUACGAGGAGAAAGUGAAACCCAACUGUCUGGAUCUGAGAAACUUGUGCAGGACUGAUCAUCUAUGCAGGUCAAGACUGGCAGAUUUUCAUAUGAACUGUCAAACAUCAUUAUAUUCAGUUACCAGCUGUCCCAAUGACAACUACCAGGCAUGUCUGGCUUCCUAUUCUGGACUGAUUGGGUUUGAUUUGACCCCAAACUACAUUGACUCCAGCAGCACUAACAUUACCGUGUCCCCCUGGUGCUCUUGCAAAGGAAGUGGCAACAGGGAAGAAGAGUGUGAAAAAUUCUUGAGGGACUUCAGGGACAACAGCUGUCUCAGAAAUGCAAUUCAGGCUUUUGGAAAUGGAACAGAUACAAAUCUAGCACCCAAAACCCCCUCCAGUUCUGUAACUCAGUCAGUUAAGACAACAGUCACCGAGGACAUACCUAAGCCAUCCAUCAACCCCAUCGAUAUUAAACCAGGAGAUGAUGCCUGUGUCUUUCCAACGUGUGCCAACCUUCAGGAAAGUGGACCAAAGUGUAAUCUCGCCAAAGAUCAAACAUUCUGCCUACCUGAAGUUAGUCCCUCAAAUCCGGAUACUCCUGCUGAACCAGAAAGCUUCCCAAAGACAGGAGAUAUCAACGACAGAUCAGUUGCCGUCAACUUCUAUGGCAAUGCAGCAUUUGUGCUGCUUUCCUGCUUGACGGUGAAAUUGGCUUUCUAAAAAGUUGAGAAGAAAAGCAACAUCUGACAAACAAACAACCAACAAGAAACUACUUUCUCUCAUGUUUUCGUUUAGAAACUGAGAUUCCUUGAAGACAUAUCAAAGGCUGCAGACCACAUUGUUAGGAAGAGAACAUUGGUUCUAGUUUAAGCUAGCUCUAGAUUCCAAAGUCAAAUAGACUCCAAACCGUGCAAACCACUGGGGCUUUUCUCUUCCUACAAGCUCAGUAGAUCGAUUGUUAACUUGGACGGCAAAAUGGGAUGUUUUCUUUUUUCCUUCUCAAGUGCAAUGCUCAUGGAACACUGACUGAAAGACAUUCUGCUUUUUUGUGGAAGAUUGCUUCAUUCUCCUCAACCCCUUUCACCCAACUCAGUGGAGAAACUCAUCUGUGUGUAGCAGUUUCAGUAUUUCCCUAGGUUUAUUUUGUUUAAAACUAAAGUCACCCCAUCCUCCCUACCUCCUACCCCAACAGGUCCUGUGCUUUUUUUUUUUUUUGCACAACCAAUAAUAUUUUAUGAAAGGUUAUUUCUUGCUUUAAAAAAAUAUUUUAAGUAUAAAUCUUUAUUCUGUUACGUACAGUAUAUAUAUCUACACACAGUACAUAUAUAUAUAAAUAUAAAUAUAAUGCAGGUACAGUGUAAACCUGCAGUUCUUUCUUUUUGGUAUUCCAAAAAGAAGAGAAAAAUAGGUUUUGUGACUGGCAACGUUUCAGUCAGUUUCUUCUUGUUAGAAGUUGGCAGUGUGUGGCUGCCACUUCAAUGUGUAAAAUUUUGUCUGUGAGUAUUGAUAAAAAGUGUUUCCCUUCAAAUGUAAAGAUGUAAUUUCUUAUGUACGAAAACAAGACGAUGUUUAAAGGCAAGAUGUGGAGUACUGGUACAAGAUCAGGAAAACAAAAUGGCAUACAUGUUCCUCCUCUCUAAAACUUAUUUUGCCAACAUGGACCUGGAUUAUUGCUCUUCAUUUGUGCUUCAAUACGAAUGAACCAUGUGGCCUUGUUUUUUAGGCUUUGUUGCUUUGGGUGUUGGUGGGCUUGCUCUAGCUCUGAACUGCAGGAGAAAUAUUUGCUUAGAGAUUGAAUUUACUUAGUUCUGGAAAGAUAAUGGCAGUGUUAGCCUUUGAUCCAAAGGGACGUAUGGUUAAAACCAAUUUAUAGGACCACAGAACUGCUGUUAGUGAUAAUAACUGUUGAUUAUUUCAUUGACAUUAGACGUGUCACCGGGCACUGAUUUUCAUUCAGAAAGUGACCAUACAGUGCUUCAAUAUUUAUUUAACAAGGAUUUUCCCUGAAUUACUGGUCCCGCCUCCCUACAUUUGAGAUUGACAGUCAUCAUUGACCAAUGUUCAAUUGAAAAAAAAAUGUGCUGCAACCGGUACAUACCACUGUGAUACAGCACACAAAAGAGCACAGAAUUCCGUAAUACUUAUCGAUUCAAUUAAUGACAUUGAAAGAAUAUGUGAGGCUUAAAUUGGAAAGUUGAAGGCAAUGGAUAUUCAAUGUUCUCAAUCAUGCAGUUUCCUAUUCUUUAUUUUUGAAACCACUAUCACUAUCUUUUUGCAAGCUUCAUAGUUUUAGAGCAGCUAUAAAUUGCUUCCUGACUGCUUUGUUAGCCAGUGCUGCACAAUGGUUCCUCACUAGGUUUGUAUCCUAUAUAGGCAAGUGUGACGCCUGGGGCAGUGAAGCAAUGGGGAUGCAAUUUGGUAGUAGCUCCUAUACUUGUGUAGCAUACUGUUUGGUUUUAGAAAUAAAGAGCGAGCUUGAAUUUCGGCAACAAUGACGAUCAGCACUUACAUGUGGAGAAUGAAAACAAGAGAAAUCACUGAAGAAAAGAAUGUAUGAAAUAAGAAGCUAAGAAGUAUUCCAUUUAAAUUUUCAUUUGGAGCUGUUUACUGACAUUACAGCAUUCAAGAGUUUUAACAAAUAGGUGCUUGUAAGGCAUAUAGUAGAUGUCUCUACUGUAUACUAAAUUUAUAGCUGUGUUUUCUCCAUCACAUUUAUAGAAGCAUAUUUUUAAUUUGCAGCCAUCAAUUCAAUUGUAAUAGCCAUUCCCUUAAAAAAAUACAAGCUUAAAUAAUGAUAGAAAGCAAUAACUGUGCCAAGAAUAUUCUUGUCACAGUUGCAUAUUACAUAAUGUUGUUACACUACAUCCAUUAUAUGAAUGAAUACAAAUGUACAGUAAUUCAUAUUGUCAGGAGUCUAAGCCAAACUGUCAGAAAGAAGCAUAUUUUUAAUUUGACGCAGAAAUCUGCUUGCUGAUUCAAUUUGUGAUUAAGGGAUUGAGGAAAUACACACAUUUUGCUUGAGUUUUCUGAAUUAGACAAUGACAAUCAUGUAUGUAGUGUGCAGUUAAGAAAUUUACGAAAGAACCAAAUAAAAAGAUCAACUGAGAAAAGAAAUGGUUUUGCAAACCAUGGAUGGUGUUACAAAGUUAUAUACAGUACUAUAGAUAAUCCUGCAGUUUGUGUUGUGGCAUAAAUAUCAGCACUGGCUUUGCCAGUGCUGGCAGAGGUCAUGCAUUGAUUUAACAUUUGUUCGAAUUAUGCUAUGUGGACAAAAUACCUCCAUACCGUAACAAUGUUAAUGUCACCUACCUUUGUAGAUUGCAGUAAGGUCCAGGUAUGCUAAUGUUGUGCUUGUUUCUUUAUCAAUAAAAUGUUUUUAUUUGUAAACUU